AUGUUCAGAAAACCAAAUUUGGGGUCAGCAGAAAGUUCAAAGAAAAACCCAAAUGAGCGACGCUCUUACAUCUGCACAAUUUGUUCUCUAAGCUUCACAACCUCUCAGGCCUUCGCCGGCCACCACAACGCUCACAGGCUUCGCCAUGAUCGUUGGCGUCUCUCUCAAGAAGAAAACAACGCCAACAAUCCAGCUUUAGCUGAGCCUAACGACAGUAAAAGGCCUCUGUCACCAGACCCCAUCUCUUCUGGGCGUCCGGACGAUGACGAGCAUAAUUCUAGGCCUUUCUACACUUUCAUGACGACAGAGCCCGAUGUUAGGACUCCUGUGGAUCCAACCCAUUCUCCAGCUCUGACAAGUAGAUCCGGUUCUGGUCCGGGACAAGACCUGGCCAGUGGAUCAAGUACCGGCGAGAAUUCUUCUUACGGUGAAAACCCUAAGAAGCGGAAGUUUUCGGAACUUGCGAGAUUAAAAACUGGAUCGGCUGAUGAGUCGUGGCUAAAACUCUAA